AUGUUACUCCCCGUCUCUCUAGCCCUCCUUUGGGCACUGGCACUGGCCUCCUCGGCAAAGCCUCUUGUCGUACGGGAUAAAUCUCCCAUAACUGUGCCUUUCUCCAGGCGCCUCAAUUUCACUGGCAAAUCGACGCUGGCUCAAAGGGACCGCGUCCGGGCACAGACGUUCAUGGGUUGCUGCCGCGGAGGCAUGUCUUGCGGCUUCGAGACCGCUGCCGCUAGCGUUUUUGACGUUUCUGCGAUGAAUGGAGCCGUUGACUACACUGUCACCGUUGGUAUCGGAUAUCCUGCCACAGAAUACACUUUGAUCGUCGACACCGGUAGCUCCAACACUUGGGUCGGAGCAGACCAAGCCUACGUACAAACCAACACAUCUCGAAACACUGGCGAGGAAGUUGAGGUUGACUAUGGUUCGGGAUACUUUGAAGGGGAAGAAUACACCGACACUGUAACGCUCGGGUCUGGUUUCGCAAUAACAAACCAGUCCAUUGGUGUUGCAUCCGUCACCGAAGGCUUCAGUGGUGUCGACGGAAUUCUUGGGAUUGGCCCUCAAGAUCUCACUUGCGGCACCCUAAGCAACGCGGACGAGUGCAUUCCGACUGUGACCGACAACGCGUACUCUCAGGGCCUAAUCAGUGCACAUGAGGUUGGAAUUUCCUUCGAGCCGACUACCUCUCUGUCUAUCACCAACGGCGAGCUCACCUUUGGCGGCACUGAUUCGAGCAAGUAUACCGGCACCAUCACCUACACGCCCAUCACGACGACAGAGCCUGCAAGCUCCUACGUAGGUAUCGACCAAUCUAUCACCUACGGGUCGAGCACGACUAUCCUCCCCAGUUCUGCUGGUAUUGCGGACACCGGUACUACCUUGAUUCUGCUUUCCAGCUCGGCUUACAAGGCAUAUGAACGCGCGACUGGGGCGACGUACGAUGAGAACACCGGCCUACUCAGGCUUACCACGGCAGAGUACGAUAAGCUCGAGAGCUUAUAUUUCAACAUUGGAGAAACCACAUACGAGUUCACUGCAAACGCUCAAAUUUGGCCUCGCUCGUUGAAUACUGCCAUUGGCGGCACCUCCGAAUACGUCUACCUCAUUGUGAACGAUCUGGGGUCGGAUGCCGAGACCGGUCUCGAUUUCAUCAAUGGAAUGACAUUCCUCGAGCGAUUCUACUUCGUCUACGAUGCUGGAAACAGCCAGGUUGGCUUUGCUACAACACCCUACACUAACGCCACUACGAAUUAA